AUGUGCCCCUCCGCGUGGUGCGCGCCCGCGGGGUACAUCCCGCGCAGGGGCGGAGGGGGACCCGGCGCUGCGGUGGGGGGAGGCGGAGGGGCGGUUUGGGCGGGGGGUGGAGCGGAGGGAGGGGAGGGGGCGGGAGAGGGAGAAGGAGAGGUGGUGGGGGGGGAGGAGGAGGAGGAGGAGGAGGAGGAGGAGGAGGAGGAGGAGGAGGAGGAGGAGGAGGAGGAGGAGGAGGAGGAGGAGGAGGAGGAGGAGGAGGCAGGGGUUGGUGGUUGCUUCCAGGCUACAAUGGCGGAACGUCCUCGUCGCCUGCCAUGCCACGUCGCGUGCCUCGUCGCAUGCCUAGUCGCAUGCGUCGCGAACGGCAGUCCAUCCACGAUCUCCCCCCAAUUCCUGACACCCCGACGCGCAUCACCCCCGUACGCAGCCAUGCCUCUCGCGACGCUGCUUGUCGCGCAGGGGCCAUGGGAGGGGACCGCGGGGGACGGAGCCAAGGAAACGGUAGUUCUGUGGAAAGGCGGAUCCGGUGUGCGUCCGCACGCAGCAGCCGCGCGUGUCGGACACGCGUGCGCUGCCCGCAAGAUCCUAUCGACGGUGCACGCCACGGUGCACGAGCACCGCCAUCGCCCCCACAACAAUGGCGACCCUCCGGGAACGAGCUUUUCAGAAGUAGAAGACAUUCAGGUGACGGCAACGGCGCCGACAGACACUGAUAAUGAUGGGGGGAAGGCCGACGGUCUUCUGCAAACCGCGCAGCAGGGCUUGCAGCAGGGCGGUCAGAGGGGCAAAUGGACGGAGCAAGAAGUCUUGAGCGUGCUUCGCGAGGCCUCCGCGGGCAGCGCCCCCGCGCCAGCCGCCGCGCCGCACAGUGCCAGCUUCGGCGCAGCAGCAGCGGCCUUCCGCGAGGCGGGCGCAGGGGCGGCAGGGGCGGGCGGCAGCGGCAACCCGGGCGGGGCGGCAGCGGGUAGCGAUGACGGUCCAACCCGCGUGCAGCGGUUUCUAAUGCGGCUGGCGGUGGCGCUGCACGCGUACGGCAGUUCUGCCGCCCGCACGGAGUUCCUGAUCGAGCGUGCCGGGCGGCGGCUGGGCGUGGACGUGAGCGUGGCGGUGCUGCCAGAUUUGAUUCUGCUCGCCUUCAACCGCGUGGUCGGGGACGAUACUGCUGGGCAGCGCACGCACAUGCUAUCCGUCUCUCCCGAUAUGGACCUUGAUAAGCUGGGGCGAGUAGAUGAAUUGGCGCGCAGUGUGGGAUUGAGGGAGGCGCACAACCUCAUGGCGGCGUACUGGCAGCUGAGGGCCAUCGCCAACGCGCCACCCACCUUCUCCCCGCCCAUGCACCUGCUCGCCAUGGCGCUCAUGUCUGCCAGUGCUGCCGUGCUCUUCUUUGGCGGCAACAUGUGGGAUGGGCUGGUGGCGGGCAUUCUGGGCUUCCUCGGAGGAGCCAUGGAGUUCUGGGCCAUCUCCAACUCGCAGGCGGUAACAUCCAUUCUCGAGUUCCUGGUGUCGGUGCUAGCAGCCUUCACGGCGCAUCUGCUCGCCGCCACGCUGCUCAGCGGCCGCAUCUGCAUCUUCGCCUCUCUCUUCGGCGCCCUCGUCUGGUUCCUCCCAGGUGUAACACUCACCUUUGGCGUGAACGAGCUGGUAGCGCGCACACAAGUGACGGGCACAGCAAGAGUGGCAGCGGCCAUAUUCACAUCCCUGCAGAUCGGAUUCGGCAUCUCUGUGGGCAUGGGGCUCUGCUUCUGGGCCGCCUCGCCCACUGCCCUGUCCGACUGCCCGCCCUCCAACCUGCCCCUCUGGACCAACAUUUUCUGGUUCGCCAUGUACGUGGUGGCGAGCAACAUUCGCUGCAACGCCCGAUUGGACCAGUGGGACGGGAUGACGCUGGUGGCACUCGUGGGCUACGUGGUAUCAGAGCUGGCCUACCGCACCAUCGGCAACGACACUGCUUCCGUUGUUGCUGCAUUUGCCGUCAGCACGUCAGGCACACUCUUGUCGCACUUCGCCCAGGAGUUUCCUUUAGCGAUGAAGAUCUCGGGGAUUCAGCUGCUUGUGCCGGGUGGCAUAGGCGUGCGCGGCGUGGCGGCCAUCCUCAACCAGGAUGUGAUGUCGGGCAUUGGGUUUGUCUUUGAGAUGCUCACUGUCGGCCUCGCCAUCACCAUCGGACUCAUUCUCGCGAAUCUCGUGCUGCCGGAGUCCAUGUUUGCGCAUGGUAGCCGCCCGCAUCAUAAUAAAAGGAGGCUUGCAGCGGAUUUGCAGGCAGAUUCGAUGGCACAUGGUGGGAUUGGAGGUCGGUUGGAUGGGGCGAGGGGGAGGGAUGAGGCGGUAGGGAGAGGGUUUGUGGAUGAGGAGGCGGGGGAGAGUGCGGCGGAGCAACAGGCGGAGGUUUCGCGAACCAUCACCGCGAAGGGUCCGAUAGGACACCACCCGGCGGACGCGGCGAGGGACUCGGCAGAGCAGGUGGCGAAGCGGCAGCAGCGGACGACGUCGCCCAACCUUCGCCGCCUCGCGCUAUUCGUCGACCCGCUACCCAUUCCGCCCGUCGUGGACGCGUCCAAGCUGCCGCGUCGCAACGGGCAGUCGCCCAAGAUCACAAUCGGCGUGUACAACGUGAAGCGGAAGUUCCACCGCGACCUGCCGGCCACCAAGGUGUACGCGUUCGGGCUGUCGCGCAGGACGGCGAGCGUGCCGGGGCCGACGAUCGUGGCGCAGAAUCGGGAGGAGCUGCGCGUGGAGUGGGCGAACAACAUCACGGACAAGCAGCACAUGUUUCCGCUCGACCGCACGCUCAUGAUUCCCCAACUCAAGCUCGGCGGUGUCCCCAUCGCCGUCCACGUGCACGGCGCGCAGGUGUCGAGCAAAUUCGACGGCCAUCCGUUCGCGUGGUGGACGAAUCGGGGAGAGCGCGGUCCGACGUUCGUAUCGAACACGUACACGUACCCGAACGGCCACGCGGCGAGCACGCUCUGGUACCACGACCACACGAGCGGCAUGACGCGCCUCAACGUGCUCGCAGGCAUGUUCGGCGCAUACAUCAUCCGGCACCCCGAGCUGGAACAGAAAUUUAACCUGCCCGAGGGCAGGUACGACGUGCCGCUGGUGAUUCAGGACCGGUCGUUUGUGAAGAACGGAUGGACGUUCCUGCCGAGCCAAGGCGUGUCCAAGGUGCACCCGCACUGGAUGCCCGAACACUUCGGCGACUUCAUGACCGUCAAUGGCAAGGUGACCCCGUACAUGCGCGUGGAGCGCCGGAAGUACCGCUUCCGCAUCGUCAACGGCGGCACCGCGCGCUUCCUCGAGCUCGUCUUCCGCGCGGCCCCCGCCAACACCGAUCUCACCCUGCGGAACGCGCUCUCCGCGACCCCGCAACUCCCCUUCGUGCAAGUCGCGGCGGACGGCGGGUACCUCAACGCGCCCGUUCCGCUCCGCCGCUCCGUGCUGGGUCCGGGGGAGCGCGCGGACAUCGUCGUCGAUUUCUCCAAGCUCCCCGCGGGCACCGCGGUGUACCUCACUAACCGCGCGCCCGCGCCUUACCCCGGGGGCGCUGUUCCGCAGGGCGACCUACGCUUCGUGAUGCGCUUCGACGUCGUGCCCGCGACGUCCGCCGACACCACGCGCGUGCCAGCCACGCUCCUCAGCAUCCCAGCCGUCGAUCUCACCAAAGCCGUCAAUCUCAAGGCGCCGCGGAUCAUCAGCCUCACCGAGGUGGAAGACCCCGCAUCUGGCGCGCCUGAGUCGGGGCUGAUGGAAGGGAAACAUUUCAGCGCGCCUGUGACGAUUAAACCUAAGUUCGGGACUAUGGAGGUAUGGUACAUAGUUAAUCUGUCGGAGGACACGCAUCCCGUCCACAUUCACUUCGCGCCGCAUCGCAUUCUCUUCCGCCGCCGCCUCAACACGACGCUGGUGGAAGAGAAGAAAUGCAGCAUGGCGGGCGGAAGCUGCUUCGUGGGGCGCGCAGUCGCGCCGCACCGGACGGAACGCGGGCGGAAGGACACGAGCAAGGCACCCCCCGGGUGGGUGACGGCGGUGGCUGUGGAUUUCGCGCCGUGGCAGGGCAAGGCGCUGCCGUUCGAUCCGCGUGAGGGGCCAGGAUACGUGCUGCACUGCCACAUUUUGGAUCACGAAGACAACGAUAUGAUGCGGCCCUUCGUACUCGUGUGA